UUACCUGUUACUUCCACAGAUACUUCAGGCACCCGAUUUCAAUUUCAACAGAUUGUCGCAGGAUGGGAUUCAUUAUCUCCGGUAGAAGAUUGGGUCGCGCCAUAAUAUCCUUGGCUCUGGUGACCUAUCUUCUCGCCUGUCAGACUGGAACUGAAGCUCAAACCGAAGGGUCAACAAGCGCUUUGACUGCAAAAAAUGGUGACGUUGAACCCGUGGUGAUCAACGGUUCUCCAGUAGUAAGCCGCAGCCAACAAGGAUUCGCUCAUUUGGCUCGCAUCGUUUACCAAACUUUUCCGGGCUCAUACAGUCAAUGCACUGGAUCUCUCAUCUCAACCCGAUUCGUCGUCACUGCUGGUCAUUGUCUCUCAGCUGGAUUCUUGGUACUCUUCCGAUACAAGUACACAAAGCACACAGUCACCCUCGGGGAUUUGGUGGAUUCGAAAACGGGUGAAACGAAUGAAGUGACCAUUUCGGGGAAGGGGAUCCCGUAUCCCCUUUACCCGGCAGGAAUCGGGGCCAACGAUCCGACCGACAUCGGAUUGAUAUUUCUGAAUUCUGAAGUGACACUGAAUGCUGACAUUCAACCCAUAAAUUUACCCCCGAGUGACUACACAGUACCAAUCGACAGCACUUGCACAGUCGCCGGCUGGGGAGUUUCCGAGGAAGGCGGAUCAACUCCUUCGGAUACGCUUUUGUUCGGAUACGUCAAGCUCGCCGAUUCCACUGCAUGUGGGGCCAAAAAAGACUCAAAACAAAUGUGUUUCAACAGGGGGACUACAAACCAAAACUCUUGCAGCGGUGACAGCGGAGGUCCGAUAACAUACAAUAACUAUUUAAUAGCAACGGUGUCUUUCGGACGUGCAGAUUGCACUUCGGCCGCGGGAGCGAUUCGUGUCUCCGCCUACGUGGAUUGGAUCAACUCAGUAACCAAGUUGCUCGGUUAAUGACCGACAACCGUUGCUCUUGGCCUAAUAAUUCAUAGAAAGUCGUUGAUUAAGUGUGUUUUAAGUUGCUUCGAUGAACAAAGUACGGUUUGAGUUCGGAAAAAGUGUCAGAUUGAAUGAACAGCGAAAACAUUUCACCAAUGAA